AUGGACAACAACCCCACCGUCAUUGCCAACCACCUCCGAACUCUCAAGUUCACGGAAGAGAGUUGUAUCGACACUCUGGCUGUUGAGCUCACUGACCUCGUCAAGCGUUACCGCGUGUCGAUGACCCCGCCCUCCUUCAACCUUUUGGACGCGUCGGCCAUCUCGUCUAUCGACUACGACACCCACAUCUGGAACUACCACACUCUGUGUGCCAUGUCUGGCACCUUUAUCAACGACAAGGAGCUCUGGGAAGUCGUAACGAACUAUGUCUCCACUGCGCGAGCCGCCGGUACCCCCGUUGUUGUUGAUGACGUUUGGGUGUCCCUCCGUCGUAUUCUUACGAAUCGGCUUCAACGCGCCUCUGCCCUGGGUGACCACGGCUCUGUCGCCACCAUCCAGUCUCGUUCUCAGUUUGCCGCGGUCACGCAUGCUGUCGCGGUCCCUGCGCCUCCUCCCACAGCUAUCAGCCAGCCUGAUGGCUCCUACCAUGUCCUUAACGCGUUCACCAUCCCGGCCUAUGCCCAUCAUGACUGCGUCAAAAUCCCCGGCAAGUCCUGCUUCUACUGUGGCGUUGCUAACCACACCCUCCCCGUGUGCCCGACUCUCAAGUCGGACAUUGACCGCAACACCAUGCAAGCGCAAACGCGAACGUCGACUAUUCGCCGCGCCCUACCCAUCGACGUCGUGACGACCGCGAUGAUCGCGGAGGGCCAAGUGGCCAGGGUGGUUUCAGUGGCCGUGGUGGCCCAGGUCGUGAUGAUCGUAACCGUGGUGGUCGUGAUAACAGUGGCCACAGUGGAUAUGGACGAGAUGAUCGUGGCAAUGGGGGUGGCUCUGGUGGUCGAGACCGCAGCCGUGAUUGGCCGUGACAACCGCGGAAAAUGA